AUGAGGGACUUCGGCUUUGGGGUGCUGCACACCGCCCCUCUCCGAGGCAACAGCCCCGGGUCCCUGUUCAGUGGCGGGGCGUACUGUCCCUCCGCCGCGGGACCCGCCGCCCCGCUGCCCUCCGCCACGCCCUUCGGCCCGCUCUCGCCGCCGCCGUUGCCUGUCACCGGCUUCUCGGAGGCCUCCUCCCCCUUGUCGAUCCCCCUCGGCUGCGGCGGCGCGGACCGCUCGGCUGCUGCCGCCGCUGCUUCCUCUUCCUCCCCGUUCCUGGCGCAUCAGCAGACCAUGCAGGAUGAGCUGCUGCUGGGGCUGACACAGCAGCCGGCGCGGCCGCUCUCGGGGGCGGCGGCCACGGAGAAACUCCCCAACCACCACCCCGGCGGCGGCACGAACGCGGGUGUGACCCACCUCCUCCCCUCCCAGGACUUCAAACCGAGUCUGCACCACCCCUCCUCCUCCUCCGCCUCCUGCUGCUGCUGCCGCCGCACCUCCUCCCCGCAGGACUUCAGUAAGCGGCAGCAGCAGCAGCUGAGCAGCCAGAAGAGGAAAGAGUUCAGCCCUCCCCAUCUUCCCCACCCUCCGGACUCGAAGCCGCUGCCGCCGUCGCUCCACUGCCCGGGCCGGUUCAGCCCGCCGCCGCCGCCGCCGCCCGGCCAGCUCCUCCAGCCGGCGCCGACCGUCCAGCGCCAGCAGCCGCCGCCGCCGCAGUUCAGCCUCCCGCACCCGCAGCACCUCCCGCCGCAGGACUUCGCCCCGCGGCAGCGCCCGGCCGACCUGCCCCCGCUCCCGCAGCUCCAGCCUUCGCCGCCCGCAGCCCCGCGGCGCCGCCACGGAGGCGCGGGCAGCCCUCGCAAGACCCCGGCCGCGGGCGAGGGCAGCGCCGCCGAGCCCCCCAAUGCGGGCUUGGCCCCCUCGACGCCGCCGGUGAACCCCGCGCCGGGCUCCAUGGAGUCUCCCAACCACCCUCUGCUCAACAGUCCCAGUAACCUCCUGCCCGGCGGGGCGCUCGGCGCGGGCGCCUUCAGCAGCCUGCAGAGCCCAGACCUUCCGCACCCGGGCGGCGGCGGCGGCGGCGGCGGCAGCGGGGGCGGGGGGCCCCCCGGCGGCGGAGGGGGAGGCGGCUCCGCGUCGCCGCCGCCGCUGCCCGGCUUCGGCACCCCCUGGUCCGUGCAGACCGCGUCGCCGCCGCCCCAGUCCCAGCCGCCGCCGCCGCCCCAGCAGCCGCCGCCGCCGCCGCCUCCCCAGCAGCCGCCGCAGCCGCAGCCGCAGCCGCCGGGCUCGUCGGCCGCCACCCCGGGUGGCGGUGGCGGCGGCGGCGGCGGCUCGCUCAGCGCCAUGCCGCCGCCCAGCCCUGAUUCGGAGAACGGCUUCUACCCCGGGCUGCCGUCGUCCAUGAACCCGGCCUUCUUCCCGAGCUUUUCGCCGGUGUCCCCGCACGGCUGCGCGGGGCUCAGCGUGCCGGCGAGCGGCGGUGGCGGCGGCGGCUUCGGGGGCCCUUUCUCGGCGGCCGCCGUGCCCCCGCCGCCCGCCAUGAAUUUACCUCAGCAGCAGCCCCCGCCGCCCGCGGCGCCGCAGCAGCCGCAGAGCCGGAGGUCGCCCGUCAGCCCGCAGCUCCAGCAGCAGCACCAGGCGGCGGCCGCCGCCUUCCUGCAGCAGAGGAACUCCUACAACCACCACCAGCCUCUUCUGAAACAAUCUCCUUGGAGCAACCAUCAAAGCAGUGGCUGGGGCACCGGAAGUAUGUCCUGGGGAGCGAUGCAUGGCAGAGAUCACCGUAGAACUGGAAACAUGGGGCUUCCAGGAGCUAUGAAUCAGAUAUCUCCAUUGAAGAAACCGUUUUCUGGUAAUGUCAUAGCACCACCGAAAUUCACUCGCUCUACUCCAUCACUGACUCCAAAAUCUUGGAUUGAAGAUAAUGUGUUCCGAACGGACAACAAUAGUAAUACACUCUUACCCUUACAGGUGAGAUCUAGUUUGCAGUUGCCAGCUUGGGGCUCAGAUUCACUCCAAGAUAGUUGGUGCACUGCAGCCGGAACAUCCAGAAUAGACCAGGAUCGAAGUAGAAUGUAUGACAGUUUGAAUAUGCACUCUCUGGAAAAUUCCCUUAUUGAUAUUAUGAGAGCAGAGCAUGAUCCUCUUAAGGGUCGAUUGAGCUAUCCACAUCCAGGAACUGACAAUCUAUUGAUGUUAAAUGGUCGUUCUUCCCUCUUUCCAAUAGAUGAUGGCUUGCUGGAUGAUGGGCAUAAUGAUCAAGUUGGUGUUUUAAAUUCACCCACAUGUUACUCAGCUCAUCAGAAUGGAGAGCGAAUAGAACGUUUCUCUCGAAAAGUUUUUGUUGGUGGUCUUCCUCCAGACAUUGAUGAAGAUGAAAUAACUGCUAGCUUCAGAAGAUUUGGGCCUUUGGUCGUGGAUUGGCCUCAUAAAGCAGAAAGCAAGUCCUAUUUUCCACCAAAAGGCUAUGCAUUCCUUCUCUUUCAAGAAGAGAGCUCAGUUCAGGCACUGAUUGAUGCUUGUAUUGAAGAGGAUGGAAAACUCUAUCUGUGUGUUUCCAGCCCAACCAUCAAGGACAAACCUGUUCAGAUCCGUCCUUGGAAUUUGAGUGACAGUGAUUUUGUGAUGGAUGGUUCCCAACCUUUGGAUCCUCGAAAAACAAUUUUUGUUGGAGGUGUUCCUAGGCCAUUACGGGCUGUGGAGCUUGCUAUGAUCAUGGACCGGCUGUAUGGUGGCGUGUGUUAUGCAGGGAUUGAUACAGAUCCGGAGCUGAAAUAUCCAAAAGGUGCUGGUCGAGUUGCUUUCUCCAAUCAGCAGAGCUACAUUGCUGCCAUCAGUGCCCGGUUCGUUCAGCUUCAGCACGGUGAUAUUGAUAAACGUGUGGAGGUGAAGCCAUAUGUGCUGGAUGACCAGAUGUGUGAUGAGUGCCAGGGCGCACGCUGUGGUGGGAAAUUUGCUCCCUUUUUUUGUGCCAAUGUCACUUGCCUGCAGUAUUACUGUGAGUUUUGUUGGGCAAAUAUCCACUCCCGUGCAGGACGUGAGUUCCAUAAGCCAUUGGUAAAGGAAGGUGCUGAUCGCCCACGUCAGAUCCACUUCCGCUGGAACUAAGAACAGCUGACCGGCCUCUGUUCAACAAGGAAAGAAAGGGUGCAUGUGGCUUACUGUGUCUGAAGAUACUGACAUGCAGAAGAAAUAAGUGCAUUCUUCUGCUUUCACCCCAGCUAUCAAUACAUGCAUCUUUAUCAGCAGCCAAAACACUACAAGCCUCUUGUUUUUCACCAAAACCCUACAUCUCAGGCUUACUAAUUUUUGUGAUAUUUUCAUGUUAAAAUAAAAUGUUCUUUUGU